UACGUACCAAGGCAGCUAGAGACGUAAUUUGAGACCUAAAGUGCGCUGUAAGAACUUUAAGCACGCAAGAAUUACUCAAUGAAAGCAAGGUGAUGUCAACGUACUGUAACCGACGAGAAACAGCGAUUCUUUGAGGGUGGAAACGACCUUGAAGUGGGCGAUUCCACUGCUCUUGCGCACUCCUAUUCCAGUUACAGCGUCAUCAUGUAGCUCGCGGGUAGCUCGAAAAGCCUUUUACACACGGGUUUGCCAGCUUCGACUUGGGCCCCACCAUCAAUUCUGUUUGUCGCCCGGGGACAAUCUCAACGUCUUGCAGGCAUCGCUAUCAUCAUUCAGUCUUGUUUUCCGUAAUCGUCGCUUAUUCGGGGCUAUCUUCACUUCUAUACAUUCGCUUCUCCGUCGAAUUUCCUCCCAUUACGCCUUUACGAAUUAGAUGCUACAACUAUAACCGACCAUGGAGACCCAAAAUCUCCAUUCACGGGAGCUUGCGCAAGGCAGCCCCAACAAGACUUCCGAGAACUCCGACGAGCAGGCCACAGUACGUGAGACUGCACCAUCGGCCGUUCGAUUUGCUUCCACUGUCCAAGAGAUCGCUCCGGCCGCCGUAUCGACGUGUAUUGAGCCGGCCGGAGCAAACUCCCCUGAAAUACGCAUCCCAAACGCUAGGAACGAAGAGAUCGCCGCCUUGUCCAACUCACUCCAUGGCACGCAUCUGGCAGAGCAACGCAUGAAGAACUACUCCUUCCAAGCCUUCUCGCUUCCAGCUUCUAGGGUUCCUUCAAAUGACGACUCACACAGUACCACUCCCCAACAGAGCCACAGCCCACGGGGUAAUCUAUCACCAACAUUGAGUCCCAGGCCGGAUAUGGUGUCGCCCCCUCUGACGCCCUCUGGUACUAGCGGGCCUGAAUCUCUCCCACACCGAGGACUGAAGCCUGGAAAUACUCAGUCAGACGGAGGAUUUGACUCGCAAGCUAUUACACCACAAGCCUCAGGCCAAGAAUCCGCGCAAAUGUCACCGCGUAUCGGGCUCCCACAUCGACCGGCAUCUGCCGAGAACAUGUCUCAAAGGACCACGGCAGCGGAUGAUGGAGAGGGGGGCCGUCCACACCGGAAGGGAAUGUUCUCCAUUGGCCCGGGUGGGAAUUCAGUACCCGUUUCACGAGAGUCAAGUCCUAAUAGACUCCGAGCUGCGGAGAUCUACUCCCGACCCUUUACUCCCGCUGGAGAUGUCAAUGAUCCGUAUGCUGCAAGCAAGCGGGCACCCCAAUCCAGGAGCGCCGCAAAUAUCGACCAACGAUUCGUUUUCUCCCGCAGAAAGGGUCGGGGGUCUCCGGGAUCAUCCUCGACAAGUCUAGCGAGGACGGACAAGGCUGAGAAGAGACAUUCGGGAUUUCUUGGAGUAUUGAAUAAGAGCACUUAUGAGCUCCAUCCCACAGGCACCGAGUCUACUACACACAGUCGCCAGGCUUCCAUGUCUGACCUACGGCGGUUCUUCAAGGGCAGUAGUAAAGUGAAGAAAACGGUUUCUCCGGCCCCUAAGCCAGUCAGGCCGCCUCUUGUCAGCACUCGAUCGACCACUUCAGUCCCCUUUGCCGAUGAUCACGGACUUACUUCCAAGUACGGCAAGAUGGCAAGAGUUCUCGGGUCUGGGGCUGGCGGGUCUGUCAAAUUGAUGAAGAGAAACGAGGACAACACCGUGUUCGCAGCAAAAGAGUUCCGACCACGCCACUCGUACGAGACAGAAAAAGAAUAUGUGAAGAAAUUAACUGCAGAAUUUUGCAUAGGGUCGACACUUCAUCAUGGCAACAUCAUAGAGACACUCGACAUCGUGCAAGAGAAGGGAAAGUGGUAUGAGGUCAUGGAAUAUGCCCCGUAUGAUCUCUUCGCAAUAGUAAUGACCGGACGGAUGUCUAGGCCCGAAGUCACCUGCUGUUUCCUGCAAAUCCUGAGCGGCGUCACAUACCUCCACAGCAUGGGACUGUCUCAUCGGGAUCUCAAGCUUGACAACGUCGUUGUUAGUGAACAUGGCAUUAUGAAAAUUAUUGACUUUGGAAGUGCACAUGUUUUCAAGUAUCCAUUUGAAAAUGACAUUGUGCCCGCAAGUGGUGUCGUGGGUUCGGACCCAUAUUUGGCCCCCGAGGUUUAUGAUGAACGCAAGUACGAUCCUCAGGCUGUAGACAUCUGGUCCCUCGCCAUCAUCUUCUGCUGCAUGUCAUUGCGAAGGUUUCCCUGGAAGAUUCCGAGGACCACCGACAACAGUUACAAACUCUUCGCUGCAGAGCCAACCCCUGGGCAUGACCCAAGGAAAUUGGUUCUUCCAUCUAAGCCAACGGGUGAAUUGGCCAAGGUUCCUUCUGGAGACAUGAUUUCAGAAGAACAAGGGAAAGCCCCGAAGCCCAGUCAACCGCCCAAACCUGAAGCCCCUUCGUCGACAGGAACCGAUCACAAUGGGGAGAGGAACAAGGAAGUGAUCAGAGGCCCCUGGAGGCUGCUCAGGUUAUUGCCAAGGGAGAGCAGACACAUUAUUUACCGCAUGCUUAUGAUCGACCCGCGAAACCGAGCCAAGAUGUCAGAAAUACUCGAAGAACCCUGGGUAUCCAACACGGUUAUCUGUAGGCAGGUCGGUCCAGGAUCACAAGGCGUCGUGAAAGCUAGCGACCACACUCACGUUCUCGAGCCACCCGCUCCUGCGAAACAGUAGGGUGCAUUAGAUUAGGCACGCAGAUCUCAUCGCACUCGGAUGAUGCCACGAUUUGGGAUUAGACGUUGAUGGAUCAUGUUAUGGAUUAGAAUUUUGUAAUCGGACGCGGGGAUAGUUUUUGUUUGCUUGCGGUUGGGCGUUGAGAGGACCAUUUCUGGAGCGAACCCAGCGUAACACAGCGGUAUAGACUUGCAUUUCGUUGUCAUAGACGCUAGAGUAGUCUGAAGUAGCAUGUUGAUUCUCUGGAAUCUCUUAAUUGGGCUACUUGUACAAGCACUAGGCUUUGACGGGUGCCUUUGGAAGCGUUGUUGAAUACAACUUGGGAAUAUCGCACUGUUGUAGGGGUUUAUGGCGUGGUUCAAAAUUAGUGCAAGGCAGCGCCAGUGUCAUUUUCAGUUUCUGAGUUCAUGUAUCACCAAACGGAACUGCGAACAGAC